AUGUCGGCUACAGAAGUCCGCGCAGAUGCCCAGAAUCAACAGGGCAAUGGCGGCAGCAGCAGCGGCGGAACAACAAUCCGGAUGAAGGCGGUCAAUUACCAGGGUCCGUUCAAGGUCAAGGUCGAGGAGGUGCCGAAGCCGAGCAUUGAGCAUCCGGAUGAUGUGGUGGUUAAAGUGACGACUGCUGCCAUCUGUGGCUCGGACUUGCAUAUGUAUGAGGGACGUACCGGCGCCGAGCCCGGUAUCACUUUCGGCCACGAGAACAUGGGUAUCGUCGAAGAGACUGGCUCCGGCGUCACGUUGCUCAAAAAGGGCGAUCGAGUCGUCAUGCCCUUCAACGUGGCGGACGGCCGCUGCCGCAACUGCGAAGAAGGCAAAACUGCCUUUUGCACCGGUGUCAAUCCGGGCUUCGCGGGCGGGGCGUAUGGAUAUGUUGCCAUGGGGCCUUACCGAGGUGGCCAAGCGCAAUACAUCCGUGUGCCGUAUGCCGACUUCAAUGCCCUGAAGCUCCCGCCUGGCAAAGAACACGAAAGCGACUUCAUCUUGCUGGCCGACAUCUUCCCAACGGGCUGGCACGGGGUAUCGCUCAGCGGGUUCAAGCCGGGCGAGAGCAUCGCAGUCUGGGGUGCCGGGCCAGUCGGGUUGAUGGCGGCAUACUCGGCCACACUGCGGGGUGCGAGUCGGGUGUAUGUCGUGGAUCGGGUGCCGGAACGAUUGGCGGCCGCCGAGAAGAUCGGAUGCACGCCCAUCGACUUCUCAAAGGGCGAUGCGGUCGAUCAGAUCCUCAAGGCCAACGGCGGGGAUAUGGUCGAUCGUGCUGUUGACGCUGUUGGCUACCAGGCGGUCGAUACGGGCGGCAAAAAGGAACAGCCCAACAUUGUCCUGGAGAACAUGAUCCGAGCCACCCGCCCAUGUGGUGGAUUGGGAAUUCCUGGCUUGUAUGUGCCCAAGGACCCGGGCGCCCCAGAUGAGUCCAGUGGCAAGGGCAUGAUCAGUAUGAGUUUCGGCAAACUGUUUGAGAAGGGUCUUUCUCUCGCGACAGGUCAGUGUAACGUCAAGCAAUACAAUAGGUAUCUGAGGGACUUGAUCAUCGCCGGCAAGGCCAAGCCGUCAUUCGUGGUCAGCCAUGAAGUGGGCAUUGAUGACGCCGAGACCGCCUACGACAAGUUCGACAAGAGAGUCGAAGGGUACACAAAGGUCCUGAUCCAUCCCAAUGGACCAUUGUGA